UUGUUAGAAAAUGAGCUCACAUUUAUCUAUAAAAACCUUUGCCCUUCCAUUACGUCAUUAGUUUUCUAUCUCAACAUAUGACAACAAUUCAUUUGUUUUACUUUUUGUUUGUUGUCUCACUUUGGUUUACCUUUUUGAUUAAUUAUCUUUUUUACAUUAAUUACUAUUUUCUUUUCUUUACCUUGAUUUCUGUUAAUUAUCUGUUAACCUUGUUCUCUGUUUGAAAAGAGCAAAUCUUUACCUGUUUUCUUCUUGUUUUAUUCAAUUUAAUUUUCAAUUUUUUUCUUUUUCUCUUGUUCAUUUCUUUCAUUUUCUAAUUCUUUAAUUGCUUGAUUUAUGUAUCAAAUUGUUGGUAUUGUUUGUGUUUUAAUCGCUGUCUCUGUGUUACCGGUUUACUUAAUUUGGUUCCAUUGAUUUAGUUCUUGGAGAAAAGAAUUAAUUUGAUUAUUGGUUGAGGCUAAUUUAUUGGUUUCUAAUGGUUAGAAUGUCGACCAAGGUUGAGCUAAAUUGUGAGAUGACUUGUUCCAAGUGUGAGGAUAAGAUACGAAAAUCAUUGGAUUCCAUGGACGAAGUUACAAUUAAAUCGAUUGACAUUGCUGGUCAACAAGUUCUAGUGGAAAUCUCUGAAAAGGCAACGAUAACAAUACCCGAUCUUCAGAAUCACAUUGAAACAACCACAGGCCUAAGAACGGUAAUCAAAGGAAUCGGAGAAGGUAUUUCCACCGUCUCAGAAUUCAAUGGUCCCGAUAACUUGAUUGGUGUCAUUAGAUUAGCACAAUUGUCCAACAAUCGAUGUCUUGUUGAUGGUGUGAUUGAUGAUAUCAAAUUAACCAAUAACUCGGCUCAUUGUCGUCUAGAUAUUCAUGAAUUUGGUGAUCUUCGUGGUGAAACCUUUGAUCAUGUUGGUCCAGUUAAAGUUUCCAUCAUGGAGAAAGUUAAACCGAUUUCAUCGAGAUGUUUAUUUCGAGGUAAUUUUGAUAAUUGUGAUUUAACCAGUGUCAUUGGAAGAUCUUUGGUAAUCAAGGAGCAAGAAAGUGAUAGGAAAUUGUCCGCGGCGAUAAUUGCUCGAUCCUCGCCCGUCUUUGGGAAUGAGAAAAAAAUUUGCUUCUGCUCAGGUAAAACACUUUGGGAUGAACGUGAUGAGAAGCGACAAUCAAAGGUUUGAUAAUUUCCAACAAUCAAAUUAAAUCUAUUCUUGGUCACAAUCUAAUCGUCAAUCAAUUCAAUACUUUAAUAAUAUGAUCUGUCCACUUUUCUUUCCGUAUAUCAAUCGGAUAUAUUUUCAGAAUUUGAUUCAAUUCUCAUUAAUCAUGUUGACAAUCAACAAACAUUGUAAACAAAACUCAGAGAAUUCAUUUAUAGUCUAUUUAUAUUGUUAAGUCAAACAAUUGAAUCAUAAAAAUUAUCUAUCGGUUAAUUGAAUUUAUACAAAAUUGAUUGUUGUUGAUACUUAAUCAAGAAAAUGUCACAAUUUAUUUUUCAAUAAAAUUCGUUCUUAUCAAUCGACAA